CCGCUCAAAACAAAUCGGGCUCGCUUGCUUAUCGGUAGCUCGUGUGAUUUUUGUCCGCAAAAUUUACAAGAAAUUUCCUGGUGAAAGCAGGGAAAAUACAUCCGGUUUUGUCUCUAAUUUAGUGUUGACCUUUCCAUACAUCACAAUAAAAUGAAUGACAGCUUCGGAGGAUUCAGUGCCAACACCACCGGCGGUGGUGCAGCACAGGAGAACAAAGCCGAGGGUGUCGUUCCGCUGACCAUCCGGCAGAUACUGGAAUCGUCCGAGGCGGGAGUGCAGCUGUUCGGAAUCCACUACAGCAUGGUGACCUUUGUGGCGAUCGUACGGGAUGUGGACCAUUCGUCGACGAAGAUCACCUAUCGGCUGGAGGACCACACCGGUCGGGUGGACGCCCACCUGUGGCUGGAGGAGGGCGACACCGAACAGGUGCCUGGCCUGGCGACGAACGGCUAUGCCCGGGUUUUCGGCUCGGUGCGUCACCAGAGCGGCAGCAAGGCGGUCAUGAUCUACAAGAUCGAGCAGGUCAGCUCGCCGAACGAUGUGACGACCCAUCUGCUGGAGGUGCUGAACGCUCGCUAUAAGGGCGAGGAGUACGCCAAGGGUGGUGGCGGUGCCGGUGGGAGUGGAGCUGAGCACGGUGGAGAUAAGCAGAGUGCUUCGAGCGGAGGCUUCAUGGAAACGGACGGCAACUCGAUGGGUCUGAGCGGAAAGCAACUGCUCGUGUACAAAGCGAUCAAGAGCCACAUAUCGGAUAUCGGGAUCAGCCGGCAGGAGUUGCAGCAGAAGUUCCCGCAUAUCAGCGCCACGGAGAUGCAGAGCAUAACCGACUACAUGACCCAGGAGGGAAUCGUCUACACCAGCGUGGACUCCGAUCAUUUCCUGUGCGUGGACGCGUAAGACAGUCAAAGAAACGUCAAAGUGUUUUGUUGGUACAAAUUAAGGUAUUUAUAAGCAACCCAUAUAUGUCAUAGUUAUACCCACACUCUAAAUAAUGCAUCAUUUGAUCAAUCCCCGAAUUUGUUAAAAUUGAAAAAGUGAACCGCUAUUAUAAUAAUGAUUUAAUUUUGAUAUUAAAAGUCAUCUGGAAAGUCUA